AGAACGCACACACAUAUUCUCACACACUCAGUCACUCAGUCUCACACACACACACAGUUAGAGCCGAGUAGAGGCGCUCUCCUCCCGAUCGGUGCCUGACGCACGGUCGAUUUUUUGUUGUUGCGCGAGUUUUAAUACGUUUUAGUUAAUUUUUUUUAAAACUAAGAAUAAUACUUCACUUUGGUGUCAAGUUUGGAUUUCCUUUAAAUUUGUGUUUGAUUUUUGACGCCUCCUUGGAAUAUAUUUCGGGAUUAAAAUUGGAUACUUUACGACGCGCAGAAGUCAUCUUGAAAAAGUUAGCCAAGGAGGAUUGGUUCUUUUCGACGCAGGAGCGCUCAACUUGCCAGUGCGACUUCGUCUGGGGUGUUCCUUUGACUUGAGUCGUCCCAGAAAUGGUGGGGCACCUACAUUUACAAGCGAUGGAUGAUAGCCUGAAAGGAAAGAACCGGGAAGGGCUGCUCGACAGUCCGGAUUCGGGGUUGCCUCCUAGUCCCAGUCCGCCCUUCUGCUCACUCUCUCCGGGUCUGAUCGAGUCGCGCUCCGGCAGCUGCACGACGCCCGUCGAAAGUCAUCAUGGAUAUUAUAAAAAGGAAAGCAGGGGAGGCAAACUGCUGCCCUACCUGCUGCUGAACUCCACGGGCACAGACCCAAAGACUCGCAUGCACCCCGUGUUCUUCGGAGAAAGCAUCGAGGUCAACCCCAAACCAGAGCAGGAAAUCAAGUGCAACUCCGAGGUCAAAUACGACUCUGACAAGCACUACCGGGACCAGGUCUACUGCGCCCCGGUUCCCACGCCCACUUACUUCAGCGAGACAGUGGUGGCUGUGCGGAACUGCACUUGGAAGAGCUACAAGUCCCAGGUGUAUCUGGAGCCGCGGCAGAAACCCAUCAGCUACCGGAGCACAACCAUUAUCUACCCGAAACACGCCAAGAACACUUAUCGCACCACAUUCAACUACAACGCCAUGGGCUCCCGCCGCUGGUUUGUGUCCACAGUGCAGCUUGAGUCGAGUGAGGAUACUAAUCCCUGUAUCAUCUACACUGAGGAUCUGUAGGGUCCAGACCACACAGGGUGGGGGCUGCCCGGUGAUCAUCUUAUUUCUUUUGGAGGACAAGGAACUUGGGAAGGCCCGCAUUGAAAGGGAAAUACUUCAAGUAAUACCCAGAGCCCUUAAAAACCCUACUCUGUUCAUCUAUACUCGCCAUGGAGGACACUCUGGGAACCCUUUAGUGACAUUUCCCCUGAGUGUUUUUAGACUUUCUACUGAUGCAAUCCUUAAAAAAGGAGUCUGUCCUCUGGCAGUUUAAAGCUGCACUUCAACGGUUAAUGUCUUAUUUAAUACAAGAGCUGACAAAUUGGUGGCCUUUGCGUUCUUUCCGGUUGGAUUGUAACCUCAGUGAAGGUAACAGACUGUAGACGUACCGUAUGUGUAUGUGGAGAAACGUCAAGAUUACAUGUGUGGUGGAUUUCAGCCGAGCGUGCACAAAACCAUUCACACCAAUGCAAAGCUUUCUAAUAUGGCUCUGUUGCACUUGCUUUCUAUAUAUCACAGUCUUCCCAGUGGACUUGGCUAGAUGGGGGGGGAGGGAUUUCAGAACUGCAUGUGAAAAAUUGGACCAAAGAUAGUUUAAACAGUUUAUCUCUUUGAAAUAACUCCACACACAGACAUAACAC